AUGCUGAAGUUCGUCUGGAUGCUGCUGACGGGCAUCACUGCUGCCGCAGUGUUUGUGGAGAAGUGCGAAGCCCACGCCGUUCUGCAGCGACUGCGGCAAGCAAACACAGGAUUCCUGGAGGAGUUGAAACAAGGAAACCUGGAGAGGGAAUGCAUCGAGGAGAUCUGCAACUACGAGGAAGCCCGGGAGGUUUUUGAGCAUGACGAGAAGACGAGGGAGUUUUGGCUCACGUAUGAACGUCGUGACCCCUGCCUGGUGAACCCGUGUCAUAACAACGGCACAUGCUUCAACUUGGGUUCCACGUAUGAAUGUCAGUGUGCUGAAGGAUUUGAAGGCUGCUACUGUCAGACAGUGUUUGAAGACUCGCUGAAGUGUCUUUAUUUAAAUGGACACUGUCAGCAUUUCUGUGAUGGUUCCGGACAAAGAAGAAAAUGUUCUUGUGCGGACAGCUACAUGCUAGCAGAAGAUGGGCGCCAGUGUGUCGCUGAAGUGGCGUAUCCGUGUGGUCACCUGGCUCCAGCAGAGGGCAACAUGAAUCAGACCGCUGACUCUCAGACGCGGCUCGUCGGUUCCAACCAGUGUUCCAGUCUGACAUUGUCCAAAACUCAGUUUCCCAUGAGUCUUAGCAUCUGCAUCACACCCACCACAUCACAUGACUCCAGGUCAGGUCAGGUUCUGGUCCAGUAUGACGGCAUCAGUCACUGUGGAGGGGUUCUGGUCCAUCCAGAGUGGGUCGUCACCGCCGCCCACUGUCUCCAUGGUUACAACCACACCAAACUCACUGUGGUGGCAGGGGAACACAACCUGGACGUAGAGGAGGGAACAGAACAGAGGAUCCCUGUUUCCAUGGUGACAGCCCACCCGGACUACAACCUGAUGUCGGGCGACAGCGACGUGGCCCUGGUGCAUCUGAGCCGACCCGUCACUUUGUCCCGUCACGUCAUCCCCGUCUGCCUGCCCACUAAAGACUUUGCCGAACAAGAACUCCUGCCUGUUCGUUUCCACACUGUGUCCGGCUGGGGCAAGAGGACCACCGGCGGCAAUGUGGCGAGUCUGUCCUCUAAGCUCAGUGGGCCACCCUCCCCCGUCCUGCGCAAGAUGUCAGUGCCGAUCCUUCAGAACUCCGAGUGCUCCCAGAAAGCCCAGUUCAACUUCACCAACAGCAUGCUGUGUGCCGGAUACCUGGAGGGUCGCCAGGAGAGCUGCCGCGGAGAUGAUGGUAGUCCGCUCGUCACACUCUACGGCUCCACCCACUUCUUGAUGGGUGUGGUCAGCUGGGGGCGGGGCUGCUCAUAUCCAGGUUAUUACAGCGUGUAUGCUAAAAUGGCUAACUUCAUGGAAUGGGUAGACACCAUCCUGAAAGCCCCGCCCACUCUGGCUCCAGUUAUGGAAAACCCAUUUAACUUGUUGGAACAGAAAAUAAUCUAUUGA